AUGGCGUCCACACAGAGGUGGCCAGGGCAGGGCUGGGCACUUUUACAGCUGUUGUUGUUGGUGUCUUUCUCUCCGGCUGAGGAGCUGGUGUGCCGGCAGAAAGGGGAUCCUGAGAACCCCCAAAUAUUUAAGGAUGGAGACAUUAUAUUGGGGGGAAUCUUCUCUUUCCACAGCAGCUGGAAAGACAGAAAGGAUGCCUACAAUGACAAACCACUGCCUCUUGAAUGCAUGAGUUUGAGUUUCACAGAGUUCCGGUUUGCCCAGGCUAUGAUUUUUGCCAUUGAGGAGAUUAAUAACAGCAGAAACCUACUACCUGGCAUCUCUCUGGGCUAUAAGUUGUAUGAUGACUGUGGUUCUAGUGCCAGAAGUGUGAGGGUUGCACUGGCUUUGGCUAAUGGUAAUGAAGUUGUGUCUGUACCCACUGAGCCACCAUGUACCAGACCUGCACAAGUGCAGGCCAUUAUAGGAGACACCUCUUCCUCUCCUUCUGUUGCUGUUGCUACGGUCAUCGGACCCUUUCAUGUCCCACUGAUCAGCCCCUUGGCCAGCUGUGCUUGUCUCAGUGACAAAACCAAAUACCCAUCCUUCCUCAGAACAGUACCCAGUGACUACUAUCAGAGCAAAACCCUGGCCCAGUUGGUCAGGUACUUCGGUUGGACUUGGGUUGGAGCUAUUAGAGGCAAUGAUGAUUAUGGCAAUAAUGGCAUGGCUACAUUCACAGAAACUGCACAGCAACUGGGCAUCUGUCUGGAGUAUUCUCUGUCUUUCUUUAGAACAGAUUCAUCAGAAAAAAUAAACAAGAUAAUUGACAUUAUCAAGUCUUCCACCUCCAAAGUGAUUGUAGCUUUUAUCUCUGAUUUGGAUAUGAAUGUGCUAAUAUACAAAUUGUCUCAGCACAACGUGACUGGGUACCAGUGGGUAGGAACUGAGGGCUGGAUCAUUGAUUCACAAACUGCAGAAAUGGAUACACAUCAUGUUCUGGAUGGUGCCAUAGGCCUGUCCAUCCCCAAAGCACAUGUCAGUGGCAUGAGAGAGUUCAUAUUAGAUGUGAAACCACUUAAUUCAUCUAAUCAUGAAAUGUUUACAGAGUUCUGGGAGACUUUAUUUAACUGUAAAUUCAAACAGUCAAACUCAUCAGCAGAGAAUCAGAGAGAAUGUACUGGACAUGAAGAUCUGACUGGAGUGAAAAAUGGCUUCACUGAUAUGUCAUUCAUGCCUAUAUUUAACAAUAUUUAUAAAGGAGUGUAUGCUGUGGCACAUGCACUUCAUAAUAUUCUUGGCUGUAAUGAAACAUGUAACUACAAUGUGCAGCUAGAUCCACUCACGAAUUUAUGUCACAUAAGAAACAUUAACUUCAAAACCAAGGAAGGAGAUGAGGUUUACUUUAAUGAGAAUGGAGACCCAGCAGCAAAGUAUGAAAUUAUAAACUGGCAGCCAACAGAAAAUGGCAUUCUGGACUUUGUCACAGUUGGACUUUAUGAUGCAUCCUUACCUGCAGGCAAACAGCUGAGUCUGCAACUUGAGUCAUUUAUUUGGGCACAGAACUCAAAACAGGUACCUGUAUCAGUUUGCAGUGAGAAAUGUCCCCCAGGAACUCGCAAGGUUCUCCAGAAAGGGAAACCUGUCUGCUGCUAUGACUGUAUCAGAUGUGCAGAGGGAGAAAUAAGCAACAUGACAGAUUCUAUCACCUGUGAGCGAUGCCACCCCGAGUCCUGGUCCAGUGAGAGAAGAGAUGCCUGUGUAAAGAAGGAGGCAGAGUUUCUGUCAUAUGAAGAAAUUAUGGGAGUACUGCUCACUGCAGCGGCCUUAUUUGGAACAUGCAUGACUGCUGUUGUGGCAGCCAUUUUCUUCAGAUACAGGACAACUCCUAUUGUCAGGGCCAACAACUCUGAGCUGAGCUGCCUGCUGCUCUUC